AUGGGGGGCGGAGGAAAGGAAAUCAAAGCUGCCGCAGCUGAAGGGUGUGCGAGCACGCUGGGGAAGAGCCGAGGAGCCGCAGGACGGGAUGGCAACGGGAAGCCCGGCCUCGGGAAGCCCGGCUGCGGCGGGGACCGCUGCCCGCGGCGGGCCGGGCCGGUCGGCUCGGCGCUGGCCGCGCUCCUCUCGGCGCUGGCCGCGGCCUCCUGCGUCUACCUGGGGGUGCGGACCAGCGACCUCCAGGCCAGGGUCGCGGCCAUCGAAGGCGCCCGAGGGGACUUCUCUGCCGCCGCCCCGCUCCCGCCGCUGCCCGGCUUUUCCUUGGAGCAGCUGAACGCUAUGAUGCAGGAGAAAGUGGAGCGACUUCUCGCCCAGAAAUCCUACGAGCACUUGGCAAAAAUACGAGUAGCGAGAGAAGCGGCUCCAGAGUGCAACUGCCCACCAGGUCCUCCAGGGAAAAGAGGUAAGCGGGGAAGAAGAGGAGAGACUGGACCUCCUGGUCCACCAGGGCGAAAUGGCUAUCCGGGUCCGAUUGGUAUGGAUGGAAAGCUGGGUCAGCCUGGUCCUCAAGGCCCUCCUGGUCCAAAAGGCGAGAAGGGAGAUCAAGGUGAUCAGGGCCCUCGGAUGGUGUUUCCUAAAAUCAAUCAUGGGUUUCUCUCUGCUGAUCAGCAGCUCAUUAAACGCCGCCUCAUUAAGGGGGACCAAGGACAAGCUGGACCCCCUGGACCUCCAGGGCCACCAGGACCCAGAGGUCCCCCAGGAGAUACCGGCAAAGAUGGUCCUCGUGGGAUGCCUGGCUUAACGGGUGAGCCAGGAAAACCAGGAGAACAAGGACUGACAGGACCUCAGGGGCCUCCAGGACAAAAGGGUUCUGUCGGAGUGCCUGGUGUUCCAGGGAGAGAUGGACAAGUGGGUGAACCUGGUUUGCCUGGCAUAGCAGGAGAGAAGGGAGAAGCAGGGCUUAAGGGUGACCCUGGAGAAAGAGGAGAAAAGGGGGAUGCUGGUGAGAAUGGACUGAAGGGUGACACAGGAGAAAAGGGUGACCCUGGCUCUUCUGCGGCUGGAAUUAAGGGUGAACCCGGUGAAUCUGGGCGGCCUGGACAAAAGGGUGAACCAGGCCUUCCUGGGCUUCCUGGACUCCCUGGAAUAAAGGGUGAACCAGGUUUCAUUGGUCCACAAGGAGAACCUGGGUUGCCAGGGCUACCAGGAACAAAGGGUGACAAAGGAGAGGCAGGCCCUGUUGGGAAGGGUGAGCGAGGUGAACCUGGAAUCCCUGGACCAAAGGGGAAAACAGGUGAACCUGGAUCUAGAGGCCCCAAAGGGUCAAAGGGUGAUACAGGUGAGAGAGGUGACACAGGAUCUGCAGGUCCACGGGGACCACCUGGACAGAAGGGUGAUCAAGGUGCAACAGAGAUAAUUGAUUACAAUGGCAAUAUCCAUGAAGCUCUGCAGAGGAUUGCCACCCUGACUGUCACGGGACCACCAGGACCACCAGGACCCCAAGGGCUGCAAGGAUCAAAGGGUGAACCAGGAUCCCCAGGAGCUCCAGGAGUUGAUGGAGAGCAGGGUCCUAAGGGCUCAAAGGGAGACACAGGUGAUCCUGGAAUGCCUGGAGAAAAGGGAGGAAUCGGUCUGCCUGGCCUACCAGGAGCCAAUGGCAUGAAAGGCGAAAAAGGAGACGUUGGUUUGCCUGGUGCCCAAGGUCCUUCAAUGAUAGGACCACCUGGACCACCAGGGCCACAUGGUCCUCCAGGCCCCAUGGGACCUCAUGGACUGCCUGGCCCAAAGGGUGAACCAGGGUUAAAUGGUCUUAAAGGAUUGAAGGGUGAACCAGGUCAAAAGGGUGACAGAGGGCCCCUUGGUCUUCCAGGAGCAUCUGGCUUAGACGGAAAGCCAGGAGCCCGGGGCAUAGAUGGCCCAGUUGGUCCCCAUGGCCCUGCAGGUCCCAAAGGAGAGAGAGGUGAGAAGGGAACUGUAGGUGACCCUGGACCCAGAGGACCAUAUGGCUUGCCUGGCAAAGACGGCGAGCCUGGCCUCGAUGGUUUCCCUGGUCCUCGAGGAGAAAAGGGUGAUAUAGGAGAAAAGGGAGAAAAGGGGGAAAAGGGAAAGAAAGGCAAAAAAGGGCCUAAAGGGGAGAAAGGAGAACAGGGUGCUCCUGGAUUAGAUGCACCUUGCCCAUUGGGUCCUGAUGGAUUACCAAUGCCUGGCUGUUGGCAAAAGGGAGUCACACCAUGGCUCAUUGCUAAAAAGAGAUAAACCAGAGGAGCAUAGAGAGAGGCCUUGAAUUUUUGGGGAAUAGCAUUCCAGCUGCAGGUGGAUGGCUUCCAUUCUUGCGGGAUACUUGGCCCCUUUGAUCAGAGAGGGUCCCGCCUGUUGAUCAGCGUCGGUUUGCCUUGCACUGCUCACGGUCGUGGAGACAUUCACGAUAGGCCCUGUUGAGUCCUUAAUCAAGAGGGACAGAAGUUUGAAGAAGAAACCAGACUUCUCUGUGGGUUGUUUGAAAAGGUUACAGAGGUGCUGCAGGGAUCAUUUGGUGGCAGACACCGCCUGAGACCAGACGCUUCUCAACCUCACUCGAGGACGGACAGAGUGUAUACGCUCUGCAUAUUGUAUUUUGGGACUGCUGGAGGAGCAAGCACUCUUGAGGUGGGGAUGGAUCAGAUCAUCCUCCAGAGGAUGGAGGAUGGAACAAUGGAACUGACCAGAGAUGUAUGUAUCAUGGUGUGGUUUUCAGGUUAUUCACUUUAAAUUACACAUAACUAGCUGAACUUCUCUACGGGAAUUUGGAAGCAAUGGUUGGUUUUGUUUCCGUUUCCUGUUUCUGUUGCCAUAAAGAAUGCAUUUCAAUAAUCUAUUCAACAUUUGUGAUGACGGCAUUGAAGAAAAUACUUUCAAGCCACAUAUUCAUCUUGUUUCAGUAUUAAGAGUUUUUAUUUCAGAGUCUUUGAAGCCUUUAAGUCUAGAAAAGAAAGAGUUUAUUUUUGUGUUUCACAGAAUGAUGUAUUCAUCUUGCUCCUUUUAUGUUGUUACAGUGAUUUUAGUGGACAUUAUUGCUCAAAAAGCAUUGGAGAGAAACAA